UCUGAAAUUACCAAUGGAAUGAAGUUUGGACUUUUUUCCUUCUAGAGACUCAGUAGUUUUACCAGCUAGGACGGGUGAAUCUGAAGGAAUUCUCCUCUGGGCUUGCAUUAUGGAAAAUAGCUCUCAGUCCAGCAGUCAACAGGCUCUAUGGAAAGAUGUGGAGGUCGGAAAAGAGAAGAAGACCAGGUACCGGAGUUACCAGCGAGGAGCCCUGAUUCUAGGGGUGGUCUUCUUGAUGUUAACCCUGGGCAUCUUCAGCCUCAGACACUUCUGGAGUCCAAGUCUGGGGAGGGUGUAUGACCAACAUUACAAGGCCAUGCUGGACGGUAUGGAGACAGACAGUAUCAUGGAGAUUGACCCCGCCCACCGCAUUGAGAUCUUCAGGAUGGGGAACGGCAGUGAUGAGGUGCUCGAGGUCCACGACUUCAAACACGGAAUCACGGGGAUCUGGUUCGCCAAACACCAGCGGUGUUACAUCAAGACCCAGACCACAGAGCUUCCCAAAGUGACAGAGGUGGUGACAGUGGACACAGAGCUACUGGUGGUUGAGACAGAGGGCAUAGACAUGCAGGUGAUGGAGGACUCCCAGGUGUGGGUGCCUGCCGAGGAGCCCAUCGCUAAUCCAUCCUUCCUCCUCAACUCCAAGAUCUGGGAGAUAUGCCAGGAGCUGCCCAUCCACUGGAUCCAUCCCUCCCCCAUGAGAGAUGCUGAGUUCCACGAGGUGGAGGAUGAGGAGGACAUACCUGAUGCUGAGGUCAGAGGUAACCGCGUCGCUCGUGACGUCCUGGACCAGGUUCCUGUCAACGACUACAGAGACAUUGGAGUUGAGCUGGAUAACCGUCUGGAUGAUCAUGGCUACUGCUGCCAGCACUGUCGUCGUGGUUACCGCUACUGCCAGCGCUACUACGAGCCUCUGGGGGGGUUCAACCCCUACCCCUACUACUACCAAGGAGGACGUGUCAUCUGUCAGAUCAUCAUGCCCUGCAACUGGUGGAUAGCCCGUAUGCUUGGGAGGAUCUGAUUGGAUAGUGGAACUGGAUUCAACUAUGUUUCAGCACAAAUGACAGGUGCAUUCAUUUAAGGCUGUAUUUACACUGCAGUAGGCUUAGUGUCUCAGCAACCGCAAAGAGACUUUAGUGCAUGCCAGAAUUUGUAUUAACUCUAAGCAAGAGUAAGUGACAUUUUGCUUUUGUGAACGCUUGGUAGAGUGUAAACCCAGCCUAGGCCCAUUAUCUUUGAAAAUAAUCAAAUCUACUGUCAGUCUCUCAAAAGUCUAAAUGGGAAUUUUGGGAGCAUCUUGGUGAUUUCUCUAAAAGGCCUUGAUGUGUCAUCGGUGUGCUGAAGUGCAAUUUUUCUUUCAACGUGUAUUAAAUCUUUUUUUAAGAAUUUGUAACAGUAGCUAAAGAGCUAGUUUUGGCCGUUUCUCACGGUGCUGCAUUUCUUUCUCAUUUCAUUUCCUUCUUAAUCUUUUUUAUGAGUGGCGUGUAACCGACUUUCUCUUGCUGUGUGGAGCAGACCUAUGUUCAAAUAGUAUUUGAUUUCUUUCAAAUACUUUGAGCUUUUGCACAAGACAAACACUGCUAAAGUAUUUGAAAGAAAACAAAUACUAUUUGAACCCACGUCUGCUAUGGCCUAUGACAACCAACAAUGUAUUUUAUGUAGAACAUACUGAAGUGCUGUAGCCUGCUCACUCUGUCAAGAGCAUUUAACCCUUUCUAGACUAAAAAAAAAAUAUGUCCUAUUUUUUGUGAAUGAUCUGUUUUGACUAUUGUUUACUACAAUUAGCAUGUUUAACUUAAAAUAUAUAUGUAUUGAUGAGGAGGUAUAUAAACAAAAAAACGAUCAGAAUGAGUCGACUAAUUAUAAUAAAGCAGCGGCUAUAGAUAUGCUUAAUUCUUUUAAUUCAACUUGCCAAUCUUUAUUUGAUGUAAAGUCAUUAUUGUUAUUUUAAGCAGCAUUGUUUUAACUGUAAUGGCUGUAAAUUACAUAAUUAUGCCACAGCUCAAUUACCAUUAUGUAAUGUAAUCUGCACAUUUUUCUCCGUUGCUCAAUAGCUCACAGUAAUCAUGCUCUGAACAGUGAUUCUACUGGAAUAGAUAGGCCUACAACCACAAGAGAUACUGUAUGAUGGCUUGACAUGCUUAAGUUAUUAUCAAUUACAUGCAAUUAAAAUGUAUUUUGAUACUAAAA